CUCAAACUGCUCCUUCAACCAGCAGCAUCCUUGUGCUCUCAUGCUUUGGCGAGCGUGAUCUCAGUCUCCAUCAUUUUGGCUUUCAUGUGUGCUGCAUUUCAGGACCUGAGCUUUAACAAGUCCUGACGGCUUUUUUUGAACUCACCCCUGGAGGCUUACUUGAGUUAAACAAGGAUUGCACAGAUUCGUCAGGGCUAACCUGUCUUGACCAAAGAUCCAGACAAAAGCUGCACCAUGAAGGCACUUUUACUGCUCACCCUACUGACGCUGUGUCAUACGAAACCAUACAAGCCAAUCAACGUCAUGGAUUUCAUGAAGAAUAAUGAAAUCAUGCAACAAGACUUGGGUGAUGAUGAUGAUGAUGACGAUGGUGAUGAUGACGAUUACGCUGAAUACGACGAUAACUUUGUUUCAGACUGUCCCGAAUGGUGCCGGUGCUCAAAGAGAGUUCUGCAGUGCUCAGAUCAGGGUCUGACCAAAGUGCCAAAGGACAUUCCAGCAAACACGGUGCUCAUCGAUCUCCAAAACAAUGACAUAACCGAAAUCAAGGAAGAUGAUUUCAAGGGCUUGGUUAAUCUCUAUGCCCUGUUUCUGCUCAAUAACCAAAUAUCGAAAGUUCAUCCAAAGGCCUUUCGCAACAUGGACAAACUCAAGAUUCUCCACCUAUCAUACAAUGAGCUGACACAAAUCCCUGACAACCUUCCCAAGGGCAUUCAAUCAUUGAGACUGCAUGACAACAAGAUCAGCAGAAUCCCAAAAGGAGCAUUUAAAGGAAUGCAAGACCUAAAUGUUUUAGAGCUGAGUGCAAAUCCAAUUGCAAACAGCGGGAUUGAGCCAGGGGCUUUUGAUGACAUGGCAACUCUCUACUUGAGGAUAGCUGAAUCAAAGCUUACAGCUGUGCCUAAAGAUCUCCCAUCUUCCCUCACCGAACUUCACUUGGACUAUAACAAGAUUGGCAAAUUAGAAGCAGAGGAUUUUUUGCGAUUAAGAAGUCUACAAAGGUUGUGGCUCGAUUUCAAUCAAAUAAAGUAUGUGGAGAAUGGAACUUUCACUGGCACUCCCAAAAUCAGAGAAAUUCAUUUGGACAACAAUAAACUGAAAAAAGUUCCUCCAGGCUUGAACACCCUGAAAUAUUUGCAGGUGAUGUAUCUACAUGCCAACAGCAUCAGUUAUGUUGGAGUAAAUGACUUUUGCCCAUCGAGAGCCCGGGCAAAGAAGACUCUCUUCACUAGGAUCAGUUUAUUUGCCAACCCGGUGAAAUACUGGGAGAUUCAACCGCCAACUUUCCGGUGCAUAUCCAGCCGCAAUGCAGUGCAACUGGGCAAUCAGAGAAAGUGAGCUGAGUGCUUCUUACCAACGCAAACCAUCUUUCCACUGGAGGGCAGUAUUUUUAAGAAAUAUUAAGCUGGUCAGACACUUUAUCCUAAUGCAAUACAAUAUUCUUUCAUGCCAUCACGGUGCUGUACGGAACCUAAUUUAACCCUUAAUCGAAAGCAUCAUAUCUGCAGAUACUUGAAUUUGGUGAGGAUUUUGAUGACAUUACAGGACACCUAUUUGGACAUUCUGCCAGGAUAUCAAGUACGAGUGAAUUGGGCUUGUUUUGAAAUCAACAACACUGUAUGCAAUAAAAAAAUUGGUUUUCAUAGUUAUUGUUUACAUGGAAUUCCUGGGUUAUAGUCCCCUGGGUGAAAAAUCUAAUCACUUAUUUUUAGAUUUUCCCAAUGUAUUGAAGGUUUAUAAAUGCUUGCUUGCUUAAACAAACAACAAUCAAGAAUGAAAGAAAAAGAAAUAAAAUUUACCAGUUUGUUCAUUAUUUUUGAGAAACUAAGAAUUAAAUACUUUUGUAUUUUAGAAAAUGGGCAUUAUUCAUUGGUACUUUUUAACUAUUUUAGUGAUUUUUCUAAGGAAUCUAAAGUCUAACAGAAAAUGUCAUACAACAAAAUUCUAAAAUUAAUUUUCAAUAUUGCAUGCUAACUGUUGUGUAACUUUUUAUUUAUGGUAUAGUUUUCUCUUGAAUAUUAUAUGGACAGACAUUCUGUCAGAUCUGACCACCUGGUUGUUUGCAGUUUACAAAACAGCUUCCCUGUUUUGCAGAACUUACUGUAAUUGCAACAAAAGCUUGUUAACCAGCAGUGCUGUCACGUGUAUCCAAUUCAGAUGUUACCAACAGCUUCUUUAGAAAAAUAAAUAAAAAUCAUGUUUUGUGGUCAGUAAAUCUUGCAAGCCUCAGAACGUUUAAGAAUGUGCACAUUUGUCCAGCAUUAAGACAAAACACCAGCAGAUGGAGACUUCAGUGUAGGAUUUGACUUGUUCUUCAGGACAGGUGAAAACCCAACUGGAUAAUUCAAUAUAACCGAACCUCUGAACCUCCAGAAAGAUGAAAAGACAUUGGGUUUAAUAUACCCAGAUGAUAGUGAUGUUUUGUUGAAAUCAGGUUAACUGUAUAUUCAUUAUGUUAUUGUAUGUUUUUUUAAUAAAUGUGAAC